GGAAGAUCACCACCGAACACGGAAGCGCGCGGUCUUCCGCCCGUUUCGGUGGACAUCUUCCAGACUCGGCAGAGGAGGCGUCCGGGCGCUGCGCCGUGUGUAGACUUCUUCUCCUCACGCAACAGAUAGGCUUGGCUUGGCCUGGCCAGAAGAGAACUGCUGAUUCCGCGGACUCCAAACUGUCGGAUUAGUAGAGAUGAACGACCGUGAGAAUAACAACAUCUCGACCAACCCAUUCGCAGCGCUCUUUGGAUCAGUGGCUGAUGCAGAGCGCUUUUCAGCCAAACAGGGCCAACAGCAUGGUGACAAGAUUGAGGAUGAGAGCCCCACAGAGGGUUUCACGGAGAGCAGCAGCAGCAGCAGGUCAGAGAGCGCCGACGAGGAGACUGAGGACUCGGUGGAGGCGUGCAAGCGGGACUUCCGCAACCAGCAAGAGACCUGUGUGCACCUCAACCUCAACCACAUGAUCCAGCGCGUCUUCCUCAUCACGCUCGACAGCAGUGAACCCAGCACUCGGAACAGCAAUGGGAUCCCACCAUGCUGCGUUUAUCUGCAGGAGACAGUUGCGCAGCCAGACGCACAAGAUUGGCUCGAUAUGGACAACUUGGAGCAGGCGUUGUUCACGCGCCUUUUGCUGGUGGAUCCGGACAGACAUGUGGUUUCCAUGACCGCCGGCCAGGCCAAUUUUUCAGCGGAACGUGACGCUGGGGAGCACAGCGUGCUGCACUAUCUCCUCGCCUGCUACCGGCGCGCCAAGAUUGAGCUGGCCAAAGUCCCGGAGCACUUGCUUGGCUCCGUGGUUCAGUGCCGCAAUCUCUGCGUGUCCAACGCGCGAACGAGCCUGCUGACGCCAGAAAUCUACCCUGACACGGACACGCAUGCCCAGCUGCUGGAACUGCUGGCCGACUCUGCGUCUGUCACCCCCGGUGGGGAGCUAGGCGAGGGGGCUGAGUUCAUGCAGGCGGUUCUGUCGGCGAUGGUCACCGAGGGCGACUCCCUGGAAGACGCCUUUUGGCCAGCGCUGGACGUGCUGCGGGGGCAGCUGGAGACGACGCGUCUGGAGGGACCAGCCCUGCCGCGCUGCUUGGCGGCGCUCAGCGCCUGGGUAGCGCACCCCGAGUUGGCCAAGGUGCUGAUGCGGCACGUGGCAGUGGCGGAUGGCCAGCAGGGCGCGCAGUACGACGGCACGAUCCUGGGUGCGGUGCUGCGCCCCUCCUGCCUGCCCCUGAGCCCCUUCGCUCCCCCAGGCCCCUCGGGCGUCGGGCAGCAGCCAUACUUCUCCAACCCGACGCGCAUUGGCCCCCACGAGCUGCACAUGCAGGAGACCAACAUACACCAGUUGAUGUCGCACCUGCAAGAGCAGAUGAGCCUGGUGCUGCGGACACUCAUGCAGAACCCGGAGACGCGGCACGAGCUGCUUUCCUGGCUCGCCGGAUGCUUGAGCGCCAAUGCCGGCCGGCGCAAGCUCUGGGCCAGCCAGAUGCCUGCCCUCUUCCAUCAGGGCUUCUCCUCCGAUGGUAUGCUGCUGAACCUAGGCGGUGUCCUUGCACGCCUCUGCCGUCCGUUCUGCCGCCCGCAUUCUCCCAAGUUGCUGGGUUUCGACCCCACGUAUUGUGCAGCGGGAUCGCUGGAGCCGACCGCGCGUGCGGCACGUGGAGUGCACAUGGCUGGACUCGAGAAGGAGACAUGCCUGGUGCCAAGCGACCCGGGCGAGAUGGCGAAUCUGGCCGAGUCGUACAACCUGCUCACAGAGAUGCUGAUCAUGGCACAGCUGACCCUCAGUAUUGGCUUCCACAGGAUGCACGGUGAGCUGGUCAACCUGAAUCGGGCUCUGCAUCAGCUCCGUGCCGCCUGGCAGGACGCCACGACGGUUGGGUCACCGGCCGCUGCUGGGCUGCAGGAGCGCUUUGAGCACGCCACCUCAGCCUACCUGAGUUUAAAGGCAGCCCUCACUGAGCCACAGGCACUUGGCCACUCCCUGGCCGUUCAGGCCGCCACUGCCGAGCUCUGUGUGCAGUACGCACUGGGAGAGGGGCGGCCGGGAGAGUACCUCCAAGUGCAGUUUGCCGACGAGAACGAUGCGGAGGGCAGCGCCGGGUUGGUGGGCAGCCUCCUCAAACACACACCGGAGUUCUUGGUGGACAACCUGGCCGACCUGCUCAUCUUCCUGCGGAGGUUUUCUGAAGCGACGCUGGAGGAGACUGGGGACUCCCUACAGGACUUCCUCAACCUCAUCACCCUCUUCAUGGGCAGCACUCAUCGUAUGCGGAACCCCCACCUGCGAGCACGCCUGGCCGAGGUGCUGGAGGCCGUGAUGCCACGCGUCGAGGAGGCGACGCCACCCUCCGGUCCGCCCGUGCCCACGCUGCGGCGCGAGCAGGCCUUCACCACUUAUCCGCACGCGGCCCGGCUCGCUUGCGCCCUUCUCAACGUCUUCGUCGACAUCGAGUUCACCGGUGACCCGCACCAUUUUGAGCAAAAGUUUAACUACCGGCGACCGAUGUACCCAAUUCUGCGGUACAUGUGGGGUCAGGAUGAUUACCGGGCCAGCAUCAAGGAUCUGGCAAAUCAGGCAUUGCAGAACAUCGACGCCACGAAUGCACCCCUUUUCCUCCGAUUCCUUAACUUGCUGCUCAACGAUGCCAUAUUUUUACUGGAUGAGGCCAUACAGUAUCUGAGCCGCAUCAAGGUGCUGCAGCUGGAGAGAGAGCGCGGCGAGUGGGACGGUGAUGAGCCCGCAGCGAGACGCGAGCGGGAGAACAGCCUCAACAUGUUUGGGCAGCUGGCGCGCUUCCACAACAUCAUGUCCAACGAGACAAUCCGCACGCUCGCAUUCCUCACUCAGGACAUCAAGGCCCUGUUCGUGAACCCGGUGCUUUGUGACCGCGUCAUCGCUAUGCUCAAUCACUUCCUGCAGCACCUCGCCGGCCCGCGCAUGGGUGCCCUGAAGGUCAAGGACUUCAGCGAGUUUGACUUCCGGCCGCACCAGCUGGUCUCCGACAUCUGCACCAUCUACCUGAACCUGGGUGAGAAGGAAGCGUUCUGUGCGGCCGUGCCGAGGGAUGGGCGCUCCUACUCGCCCACGCUGUUUGCGCAGACGGUGCGCGUGCUCACCCGCAUCAACAAGCCUAGCGACAUGAUCACCGCGUUCGUUAACCUCGCCGACAAGGUCAAGUCUCUGGCCGACCAGCACCAGCAGGAGGAGGAGACGUACGCAGACGCGCCCGACGAAUUCCUGGACCCCAUCAUGAGCACGCUGAUGCAGGACCCCGUCGUGCUGCCGUCAUCGCGAGUUACCCUGGAUCGUUGCACCAUCGCACGGCACCUGCUCAGUGACCACACGGACCCAUUCAAUCGCAGCCCCCUGACUAUGGAGCAAGUGAAACCCGACACGGAGCUCCGGGACCAGAUUCAGGAGUGGCUGCAGCAGCGGAGGCAACAGCAGCAGCAGCAGCAGCAGCAGGAACAGCAGCAGCAGGAACAGCAGCAGCAGGAACAGCAGCAGCAGGAGGAACAGCAGCCAAGUGGGACCAGUUAACCCCCCCUCCUUACCCCUGCUGUGUAUCCAAUGUACAUUUAUAAAGCAAACCGGAAUAAGCCAGACCGUGACUAUAGCAAAUAUAACAUUUACCAAGUGUGACUUAGCAACUAACCACGAUACUGCUUGACCUACAAUGUGAAGCUUUAUCAGCAGGGGUGACCCAUUCAACCCAUAGCUUGAGUGUCAAUGUAAUUUAACAGAACACCGUACCAGGGCAGCCUUUUAGUUUCCUCGACAGAAUGCUCGGCGCUCGCAUCGGCUUUAUUCCACAUCACGGGUUGAAGAAUUUAGAAGCAGCACCUUCCUUGGCUAACGCUGACCGCGAGGUUAUGUAACGCAACACAUCACCUUGCAUUGCAGACAACUGCCCCUCUUUGCAAUUGUGUUAAAAACAAAGCCGUUUUAACGAGUUCAGAAUAUUAAAUAACGGGGGUGUAAAUAGCAAUAUAUGACACGAGGCAUUUAUCAAUAAUAAUUAAUUGCUAACACGGGUGGAUUGGUGGCUUGGACCCAGCGAUCCGAUUCCUGGACAUGACUAACAUAUUUGGUGAGUGAUAUGUGAACCGGUCCCGACUUAACUUUUCACCUUCCCUCAUCAUCCGCAUUGACCAGCGUCGUGCAGCAUUGCCAAGCAAUCCCCCAUGAUCGACGGAGUACGGGAGUGCUUUCACCCAGCAAUGAAUUGAGUAAGAGCUGUAAAUUAUUAUCAUUAAAUGUAUUUGCUAAAACAUUUGAUUUUAUUAAAAAUUCUAUGUAACAUAUUUAAAUGGCUAUACGUUUAAGUUCCUGAAGCUAGCUUUACACACGCCUUGCUGCAAGUGCAACAUGGAAAGUUUAUUGUCUUCUAAAGUGUAAUCUAAUGCGGCGUACAAUUGGAAUAGUGAAUCAGCAUCGAGCCAAGUAAAAAUUUUCCACUUAUACUGCAUGUCACCGUGUAGAAGCUUUUGAGCGUGUAAAUCUGCAAAAUCAACACUGAACACAUGCCGGCUAUAUCCGUAGGUGAUCGUCUGCUUUAUAUUGAGGCACCGUGUGUGACGGCGCCGCUCAAUACAUUUUUGCUCAAACUUUUACAAGUCUGUUGAAAUUUCAUCGCGAGGGCUUUUAACGGGCUGGAUGAAGCAUUGCCAGUGUAACGCAAGUGAUCCAGAAGUUAAUGAGUCUCGUCGAUGUGGGAAAUAAUCCUGAUUUGUAAAGUAGCAACACGCAACAAAAAGUAUGGAGUAACUUUGAAAACGACCUUGCAUACAGCAGGGCUACAAGCACGUUAAAAUAUCUGGAAUAGAGACUCGCAUUGUUUUCCUUGCUUUGUGUUUGAUUCUCCUCCACAAGUUGAUUUUAUUCAGCAAAAGUGCCGUUAUUCAUAUUUCUCAUUUAAAAACACAGCGGCCUCUUCAGUCUUGCUUUGGACUGUAGUAAUAAUUUUUUAAUGGUAAACAUGUUUUCGGGUAGUUUGUUGUUGGAAAGCACCAGCAUACCAAUAGAUGCCUACAUAAAUGCACCCCAACUUUUUUUUCUUUCCCCCCAUGACCUUUUUUAUUUGGUUUCUUUGCUACUGUUUGACACAGUCACGAGGCUUUUGCAACUUUUGACAGCUCCCAUAUCUGUGUUUGUUCUUCUAAAUAAAUAUUAAUAAAUUCCACAAUAGCUGAUUAUUAUUCAAGACAUUCAGAAAUCUACAUUUAUUUAUUUUUACAUUUCAACGAUGUGUUGUCACUCUAUUGCCUCUGUCUUAGUAGGUGUAGUACACACGAUUCCGCUUAGACACGAGUGCGUGUGGGUCCUUGGCUUAAUUGGACUGCGAAGGCAACUUCUGCCGGUGAGCGCGCGUCAUGGUUGGAGUGUGGAAUAUGCGGGAGUGGGAAGCCAACGUAGAAUGUGAAGGAACUCGCAAGUGACUCUUCGCACAAACUUAAAACUCAUUUGUUUAGAACUGCAUUUUGUGUUUAGUUGUCCUUCCCCCGCACCUGCGAUUAGCACUACUACGUACGGUGCAAAAGGAGUUCAUACGUAGACUCGCACAGAGACACAUCGGCUCACAUAGACACAGACUCACUCAUUUCUUUAGAGCUGCUUUUUGUGUUUAGUUGUGCAAAAGAGGUUCAACAUGCAUACAAACUGCUUGCUUUUGAGGGCUGAGCGUUAGUGGUGAGUUGUGCGCUGGGGCAAAGUGGAAUUUGGUAUCUGUACCCAGUACAGGUCCCACUAGAUUGGAAUGCAGUUAAUUGCGGUUGUUGGACUGAGUUUCAUGAGCACGCCACAUUUAGCAUUGCAUUUAUAAGGCCCUAUUCAUAUUAGACUCGCUGAUGUUCACUUUUGUAUUUAUUUUACUAUGUGAAUGUAACCCGAGUUUGUUAGAAGUAGGACUUUAUAUUUGUCGAAUUUUUAUUUGUUGCCAUUCACUAGACUAAUUUUUAUAUAUUUGUGUUUGAGUAAAUAAUGGACUGUCUAAUUCGGAUAGAGCGGCCGUGAAUGUUGCAGAUCCUGAUUUGAAUUUUCUUGAAUUAAUUUUAUUUCCGUUCUUAGUUUAUUAAUGUGGCUGCUUUAAAACAUCGGAAUAAAUAUCAACUCUCACCUUCAUUUGCAUGGUCUUAGGAGUCCAUAAUGUACAUAAUUUAUACUAGAACAUUGUACAUACCAUACAUGUGUGUGAUUUGUGUUUGCACACAUGAAUAUUUCUCCAUUGUAUUUUUCAUUUUACUCCUAGAAAACUAUUAGAGGACAAUAUUGGUAUAGACUAAAUGGAAGUGGACAUGCGUGUAAUUGACUGCACAUUGAUCUGUUGUAGAGUAGAUUGUUGUGUAAUGCUAAGAAUUUAAGAGGAAUGUUUAUGUAUAUAAGUAUAUUGAAUAUGGUAUUGGAAGAAAAAUGCUUCUAAUGAUAAUUAAACAUUGUCAUUUAUUUCCUGAUCAUAUGCUGCGAACACACAUUCACUCGCACAAGCGCAUGCACCUCGCAUUUUACUGUCAAGAGCUCAUUGCCACACACUCAUAAUAGUAAUAAUCUGAAUCUAAUUUCAAAGAUUGAGGCGUCUGCUGGUUUGUCCACAUUGAUAUGGGUGCGGUGCACUGGAGUUUGAUACAAAAUAUGCUGCGCCGAUGUGGUGUGCCGUGGAUUAUGGGAGGAAUUGGCCGUGCGAUUCCAUUGAUCUGCGAUUGUAGAGGAAGAGUGGCACGUGAUUAGCUGCUGAAUGCACGAUACAUUUGCAGAUUCCAAUGUUUUUCAAAGACCAAAAUGGUGCAAAACUGUUUUUUGCGUCUAUUUUAAAGUUUUUUUUUUUCAUUUUGAGAUUUUUAAAAAGCGAAAAUCUCUUUUAAUCCGGACUCAACAAGUCACAUCAGAACACCUAAUCUUACGUGGUGUUAAUAAAAAAACAUUCUUUGCAAAAAAAUAGCUUUUUUCCAUUCACUCGUUGUCCUUGCCUACUUCGACAGCUUAUGACUUUUCGGCCCGUGAAGGUUUUUCAAUCUGCCGCUGGUGAAGGGGAGCAGUGGCAAACCACCAAUACAGUAGUCCACAAAUGAUUACCAUUCGUGGGUUAUUGGGAUGCAAAUUAUUGUACUUCUGCUGUAAUUUGACACUUCCGAAAGCACGGCUAAACAUCGGUGUUUUUAAAUGCUUCUUGAAACUUGUCAGAGCUGCGUUGGACCGUCCACUCAUAGGCGGUAGCCCCCAGCCGAGUGCGUUCCAGACGGCUGGCGCGGACGCGGGGAGCACAGCACUGAGCUGUGACGGUGUCCAGUGGCGUCAAAUCCAUGGUUGACACGUGCUGAAUACGCACCACUUUAUCCGCAUGUUUAAUAAUGGAAAUGUUGGGAUAACCAGAAUGAAUACAAGUCUCAUUUAUCUGUUCCAUAUACAUACACGUGCAAGUUAAUAUUCCUAUUUCGUUUUUAACUUACGGAAGUGAUGUCAUUUGCUUCCCGUUUUUGUGCACAUUCAAGAUUUAGAAUCAUUGCAAACAGGACCACAUUUUUUGCAGCUUAGUAUAAAAGAUGUAGUUUUUCUAAUCAUGAAGCACUUUGGGGUUUUGUUCUCGCUUUAAGAUUUGCAUGGGUUUUAAUUGAGGGUCGAUUAUCUGGAAGAGCAGGUUGAGAUGCUGAUGUGUUUGUAUUGAGUGUAAUUACAACUGGAAGUGCAAAUGAUUGCUGUAAUAAAGCUGUCGAUGGACUCA